GCCAGGGCACGGCACAGCCGCUCCAGCCCCGAGCCAGCAGCAGCUGCCCCUCAGCUCCGGCUCCUCCGCCGCCAGCGCCGCGACCCCCAGAGCAGCAGCCAUGGACAGAUGCAGAGCUCCGUGCUACGAGUACCCCGCGUGCCCCGACGUGCUGAAAGCGCCGAGGGAGGAGGUCGCCUACGUGACCUGCACCUACAGGUCCACCUGCAUCGACCAGCCCGAUUUCCUGGCCACCGUGGACCUCAACCCGCGCUCCUGCACCUACGGCCAGGUGAUCCACCGGCUGCCCAUGCCCAACCUCAAGGACGAGCUGCACUGCGCGGGCUGGGGCCCCGCCUGCGGCUGCUUCGACAGCGGCGCCGCGGCCAAAAGGACCAAGCUGGUGCUGCCCUGCUUCAUCUCCUCCCGCAUCUACGUGGUGGAUGUGGGCUCCCAGUGCCGGGCGCCUCGGAUCUGCAAGAUGAUCGAGCCCGUGGAUGUGUUCUGGAAGUGCAACAAGGGCUACCUGGCUGUCACCCACCCCCUGCCCAACGGGGACGUCCUGGUGGCCAACACGGGCGACCCCGCUGGCAACGGCAAAGGUGGCUUCGUGGUGCUGGACGGAGAGACCUUCGAGCUGAAGGGCAACUGGGAGAACGAGUGUGAGGCUCCCCCGACCGGCUACGACUUCUGGUACCAGGCGCGGCACAACGUCCUGGUCAGCUCGGCCGGGCUGGUGCCCAAGGUGGCCGGGCGCGGCUUCAACCCCGACGACCUCAAGAAAGGGGUCUUCGGCCGCCGCCUGAACGUGUGGAACCUGUCGUGCCGCAGCCUGACGCAGUGCUUCGACCUGGGCGAGGAUUCUCUGCCGCUGAGCGUGCGCUUCCUGCACAGCCCCGAGGCCGCCGAGGGCUACGUGGGCUGUGCCCUGAGCGGGGCCAUCUUCCGCUUCUACAAAUCCUGCGAGGCGAGUGCGAGCCCGGCAGCGCCCGGGGCGGCGGGGACCGCGAGCAGGAGCGGGACGAGGAGGAGGAGGAGGAGGAGGAGGAGCGGGGACAGGGAGGGGCCGGGGCAGCGGGGCUCGGGGGCAGCGGGUGUGGUGCCCCCAGUAAGCCCAGUCCGUGUGUCCCAGUGCAAGCGCGUGUACGGCGGCCCCGCCCCCCAUGCGAGCCCGUCCCGCUGGCCCCGGGCCCGGGCGCUCCCCGGCGCUGCCCGAGCAGCUCCGGGGGGUCCGGGCGGCCCCGGGGGUCGCUGUCGCCGCGAGCCGCCGCUGUCCCCGCGCAGGGAGGGCUCGGUGAUGCUGCAGCUCGACGUGGACACGGACAAGGGCGGCCUGGCCGUGAACAAGAACUUCCUGGUGGAUUUCGGCAAGGAGCCCCACGGGCCGUGCCUGGCGCACGCGAUUCGCUUCCCCGGCGGCGACGCCAAAUCCGUGACCCUGCCCUGAGCCAGCCCGGCAGCGCCGCGGGACCGGGGGUCCCGGGGGACCGCGGCUGUGGGGUGCCCCGGGUGAUGGGAUCGGGGCUGUGGGGUGCCCCGGGUGAUGGGAUCGGGGCUGUGGGGUGCCCCGGGUGAUGGGAUCGGGGCUGUGGGGUUCCCCGGGUGAUUCUGGGCUUUAGGAUCUCAUGGGGGAUUCCUGCUUUGGGGUCCCCUCGGGUGAUUUCAGGGUUCGGCAUCCCCCGGGCCAUUCCCGGCCAUCCCUGUCCCUGUCCCUGUCCCUGUCGCUUUCC